AUGAAACCACACCCACCACCCACCACUCAAUUCGCCUACUGGCUGUAUCUCGCCUCUUCCUUGUACAACUUCCUCAAGAGCGGGCCUCCACCCUACAAUGGCGACGAGCUCAAAGUGUUCCGUCCGAACGCAGUGCUUACAUCCAGACCCAUCCAAUACUCUUGGACGCUGUACACGCACGAAUACACUACGCUCCCUGCUGCAGGGCCCGUCGACGUCACCGAGCCUCAGCCCGAAUUCCCGCACUGGUCUCGGGAUGUCACAGUACCACCCACGCUCUUCCACCUUGCCGUUGCUGUGUCUCUCCUCGAUAAACUGCAACCCGAAUACAUUGUCCCUGACCGCCAGUGCUUUUGGUAUACGGCGAUGCUCUACCAUCUGCUCGUCGGCCAGGACGCUCUGGGCGCGGAGGUCGAACACGACGCGAAACGGGUCGCUAUCGGGGCCGCGCAUUGCUCCGAAGCCUCCCGGGGCACCUCCAUUUUUGCCUCUGAUACAACUUUCCGCGCGCAUCCCGGAACGUUCCGCGACUUGUUUCAGCGCGUCACCCACAAGGACAUCGAGGAGCUUCGCACGGAAGAGGAGCUGGACGCGAUAGCCUGCGAAGUGCGGCUCGUUAAGCUAUACAGCAGCCUGCGAGACGCAAUGUUGGAUGAUCGAAAACGUUUUGGGAGUUGGGGCCCGUUUGCCGUGCCAGGCAAAGACGCUAUGAUCGACGCUCUUAGAGAAACGAUCACAGACAUGGAGGUGGAGGUGGUGGAGGCUACCUCUAGAAAGACGCUUGAGGCUGAGAGGGUCAAAGCAGCUGCGGAGCGCGAGGUGUGGAGGGCCAAAGCGGCUGAAGAGCUCGAGGCGGCGAAGGCAGCGAUGGCCAAGAAAAUGGAGGAGGAAAGGGCGCUAGCGAUCAAAGAACUCGAAGCUCAGAGAGCUGCAACGGCCAAGGAGUUCGAGGAGGAGAUAGCGGCGUCGACCAGAGCGCUCGAGGCGGCGAAGGGUGCAGCGUCCAGGGAAACCGGGACGGAGAGGGCGACGGCCAAAGAGAGAGCGGAGGCAGCAGCCGCCAAAGACAGGCAGCUGGCUGCGCUGGAGGAGGAACACGCAGCCGCACUGGCGCGUCUUGCAGAGCUGGAACGUUGGGCUGCAUCCGGAGGUGCAGGCCCGUCCAAGGCUGCGCAGGUGCAGUAG